AUGAUCAUCAUGGAUAACGUAGAUUCAGAAAACAUGGACUCUGAAGAGGAAUUUGCCUUUGAAACGGACCACCUAGCUCUUCGCGGAAACAAAGAUUAUUGUGACCUACUGAAGUUUAUCGUAAAAUUAGAAGCUCAGAAAGUAAAGGCAUUAAAAGAUAUAGAAGAGUUAUCUGAAGCUCAGAACAGAGCUUUGAAUGAUCCAUUGUCUUUCCUAGAGGAUAUGAAAUCUGGAAAUGUAAACUUCCCGCCGCGACAAAACAUUGCCGAAAUACCAAACAUCGACUGGAGCAGUUAUGGCAUAGACUCUACUUUAGACGGAGAUGACAUGAGGGACACUAAACCAAAUAAAGAUGAUCUUGAUAAUAGCACCAAAGUGAGAGGACGUAAGUUCACAGAUAGUAAACCGGAAACGUUUAACCAGCUUUGGUCUUGUGAGGAACAGAAAAGAUUGGAAGAAUUACUUGAAAUCUAUCCCGAGGAGCCUAUAGAGGCAAGACGGUACAAGAAAAUAGCUGAGGCAUUAGGCACUCGGACACCUAUACAAGUUAUGAGCAGAAUACAAAAGUAUUUUGCUAAACUAGCCAAAGCAGGAUUGCCAAUACCAGGCAGAGUUCCUAAAGGUAUAGGAAGAGAAAAGAAUAAAUCCAUAUUUUACAAGAAGUCUACAUUCUUCCCACAGCUGCAUGUGCCUGUCACCAUGGAGGAUCCAUAUGACAGUGGAGAGGCCCAAGACAGUGUGGCCACUCUAGAAAUUAAGAACAGUAACAAGUAUAUGUUGGAGUUAUUGAAAGCUGCAAGGGAACAAAGGAUAUUGGAUGAAACAGCACCUGUCUAUCAAACUAAAACUAUGUGUGUUGGAUGCCAGAAAACUGGGUUCUUGGGUGCAAGGUGGACGGACAAUGCUGGCACAGACUACUGCACUGACUGUGUGGUGAAGCUGCUACCAGCUGAGAGACUGAUACCUGUGCGACAACCUAUGUGAUGUAAUAAAGCUCACUAUUUGCUUGUACCACACUUGUGACUAAAAUAUUGAUUAAUGAAAUUCUGUAUCACACUUUUAUAAACAGCAAAAAUACACUUAUUUAUUUACUACA